GAGUCUGGGGGAUGGAAACAAGUGAAAGCCUUACAGCAAGAUGGCUGCCGAAGGAACAAAGAGGAGUCGGCAAGAACUACAAGAAGAGAUUAAAAAACAAGGAGAAAUCGUUAGAAAUUUAAAGCUAGAAGCACAGACAGAUGAAGUGAAACAACAGGUUAAAAACGAAGUUACAAAGCUAUUGGCAUUAAAAAGCGAGUUGCAAGAUGAUGGACCACAAAAGUUUGUGCUUAAAACUCCAAAGGGAACAAGAGACUACACUCCCAAACAAAUGGCGAUUAGAGAAAAUGUCUUUGAUGUGAUUACGAAAUGUUUUCAAAGACAUGGUGCCGAAAGUAUUGAUACUCCUGUAUUUGAAUUAAAGGAAACAUUGACAGGAAAAUAUGGCGAAGACUCCAAACUUAUCUAUGAUUUGGCUGAUCAAGGAGGGGAACUUCUUUCGUUAAGAUAUGAUUUAACUGUACCUUUCGCUAGAUAUGUUGCCAUGAAUAAAAUUGAUAAAAUCAAAAGAUAUCACAUCGCAAAAGUUUAUCGCAGAGAUAAUCCUGCUAUGACGAGAGGAAGAUUUAGAGAAUUUUACCAAUGUGAUAUAGACAUUGCUGGCGAGUAUGACGCGAUGAUACCAGAUGCGGAAUGUGUAAAAAUAGUAGCAGAAAUCUUGACCAAUUUAGAACUUGGCGAUUUCAAAGUAAAGGUCAACCACAGGAAAAUACUUGAUGGGAUGUUUGAAGUGUGCGGCGUUCCUGCUGAAAAAUUCAGAACCAUCUCAUCAGCUGUUGAUAAACUUGAUAAGACGCCAUGGCAAGACGUGCGCUCCGAGAUGGUCGAUGAAAAAGGUUUAGAUCCUGCUGUGGCUGAUGCAAUUGGUGAAUAUGUACAACAUCAUGGUGGAGUUGAAGUACUGCAGAAGAUGGAAGCAGAUGAAAAAUUAGGAAAGAAUAAGAGUGGAAAAGCUGGUAUUGAUGAUAUGAAGCUCCUAUUCACAUAUUGUGAAUUGUUUGGUGUCCUUGAAAAGGUUUCGUUUGAUAUGAGUUUAGCUCGUGGUUUGGAUUACUAUACUGGCGUUAUUUUUGAAGCAAUCCUAGUUCAACAGCCUGAAAAUAUAACGAAGAAAGAAGCAGGCGAAGCUGUCGGUGUUGGUUCAGUUGCCGGUGGCGGACGUUAUGAUGAUCUGGUUGGAAUGUUUGCUGCGAAAGGAAGAAAGGUACCUUGUGUCGGUGUCAGUAUAGGAAUAGAACGAAUAUUCGCUAUAUUAGAAGCUAAGAUUAAGGCUUCUGGGUGUAAACAAAGAACUACUAAGACAUGUGUGCUAGUGGCAUCUGGGCAGAAAAACUUUUUAGAUGAACGAAUGAAACUAUGUACCGAUCUUUGGCAAGCAGGAGUACAGGCAGAAAUCUUGUACAAAAAGAAUCCGAAAAUGUUAAGUCAAUUUCAGUUUUGUGAAGAACAUGGCAUUCCUUUUUGUGCGAUAAUCGGGGACAGUGAAUUAAAGGAUGGCGUUGUUACUUUAAGAGAUAUGCAGUCUAGACAAGAGGUAAAAGUAAAACGAGAAGCCCUUGCUGCGCACAUAACAGGCCAACUAUCAGAAUCGAAGCCUAUACCUUGAUUUCUAAUUAUUUACCCGAUCCUCACGAGCAGGUACAGAUCUGAAACACAAAUGACAAAAGCUAUUGUAGAUUGUAUGCUAUAAGCAUACGUGUAAUUGAUUCUGUGAAAGCAGGUUUUUCAAUUAAAAUUGAAAGACUAAACGCUGGGUCUUUAACCUAGGAAACCUAAUAAAACUCGAUGUUGAGGACAUGCCAAAUAACAAAUUAAUUUCUAGCAACACUGGUUGUAAAAUUUACAAUGGAGAACUAUCCCGUAAUGAAAGUUUUUUCAUACAGUAUUGUUGGACAGCAAACUGCGGAAUAAAUUCGAUAGAACAUCGUA